AAAUCAAGUGGUCUAGAAAACGAACGAAUAUUUACAUCCAGCGUGAGGGUAGAAUCUGGUAGAACAUAUUUCUCUUACAGUCAUUUUAUAUGUGAAUAGUACAGUUGUCAGUUAUUUUGUGGUGUGCCAUGUCGGAGUCGGGACACAGUCAGCCAGGAAUGUACUGUCCGGGACGACGGAGGAGACGUCGCCGGGGUGAGAGAGAUGUGGGUCCCCCAGGACAAAACCUCUCUGGACCGAGCCGAGACCGAGAGUACCAGCCCCGAGAGCGGAGGGACGGGAGUGAGGAACCACCUGGACCACUUAUUCAGAAAACUCCAAUUAUUCUGGCUAAACCCCCAGCAGAAAGGGCUAAAACUACACAAAAUGUAGUACCCAGUGGAGGACCUGUUCUUGAAAAGCCUAUUAUGCUGAUGAAGGCCCGGGAUGAUGGGGGUAAGCCAGGCACCCCUCCAGAAGCAGCUGCUCAACCUCCUGGAGCUGGACCCUCAAAAAUAGAGCGAGAGGGGCAGCGUCCCACGCAGCCAGUCUACCAGAUACAAAACCGAGGAAUGGGUGGUUCGGCAACAAGCAGUGCUGUGGAUCCUUUGGUUGGUCAAGCUAAAUUAAUUCCACCUGAGAAGAUGAAACACAGCAUUAAAUUGGUAGAUGAACAGAUGAAUUGGUGUGACAAUGCAAUGGAGUAUUUAAGAGACCAGACAGACAUGCUGGUAGUUGGAGUCAUUGGUCUGCAAGGCUCAGGAAAAUCAACCAUUAUGUCCCUGUUAUCCGCCAAUACACCUGAGGAGGAUCCAAGGGCUUAUGUAUUCCGAGCUCAAACCCAGGAAAUCAAGGAGAGAGGAGGUAACCAGAGCUCAGGAGUGGAUUUCUUUAUUACACAAGAACGUGUUAUAUUUUUGGACACACAGCCCAUCCUCAGCCCAUCCAUUCUUGAUCACCUCAUCAACAAUGAUCGGAAAUUACCUCCAGAGUACAACCUUCCUCAUACAUAUGUGGAAAUGCAGUCUUUACAGAUAACAGCCUUCCUGUUUACAGUGUGCCAUGUUGUAAUUGUGGUUCAGGACUGGUUUACAGAUAUAAACCUAUACAGAUUUUUGCAGACUGCUGAGAUGCUGAAACCUUCCACGCCCUCUGCAAGCCAUGACAGCUCCGGCUCCUUGGGCAAAGAAGACGGGGCUGAAUACUAUCCUCAUAUAGUUUUUCUCCAGAAUAAGGCAAGAAGAGAUGAUUUUUGCCCCAAAAAUAUGAAGAAUAUGCAUAUGGUGGUGGACAAACUGAUGGCACAUUCUCAUCUUAAAUACAAAGGCACAUUGUCAAUGCUGGACUGCAACAUCUUUCCUGGAUUGAGGUCAGACUACCUCGAAAAUGAGGUGAAUAUGUUUUUACUUCCUGUGCAGGAGGGUGAAGAGGACAAUUUAAACAAAGCAGGGUCGGGCACAUACCCUCUCUUUUCUCUACUUCCUGGGUACAGAGGGCAUCUGACUUUUUCUGCUAUGGUUCCCAAGCUUCGGAGUCAGAUACUGGCCAUGCCCCGCUCUCAGCUCUCACAUACUAUACUCACAGAGAAAAACUGGUUUCAUUAUGCUGCUCGGAUCUGGGAUGGUGUGAAAAAGUCAUCAGCUCUUUCUGAAUACAGCCGCCUUCUCUCCUAAUGAUCUUAUACAGAUAUGGAUACUGAUAGAGCAAAGGGAGAUAAAGUUGUUCUUGAAGUUAUUCCUAAAUGAACUUGUGCGUCUUUCCCAAAGCCGAUCCCUCCCUGUAGGCAUAAUACAUCGUCUGUACAUGCCCAAUCAAAAUGACAUAGUUUGGAAUGUUAUGUCAGAAUUCUUUGUAUUGUUCUUUGUAUUAUAUACUCACUCUGUUUUGAUUUACUGUACAUAAACAUUCUUUGUUAUUACUUUU